AUGCUUGACUCCGUGAUAAGCGUACUCAGGCAGAUCCCCUGUCCCCGGUCGCAGCAGGAUCGCUUGAAUGUCGCCCUCGGCACGGUCGCCGUCAUUGGAAGUGCCCUUCUCCUCCCCUCCGCCUAUCGCGACUAUCGCAUCUUCCGAGGUUAUGGAGACGGCGGAGUCCCGAACAAUAUUCUCGGAUGGAUGACAGUGCGCGCGCUGUUCCAGCCAUUUGGCAGGGAGAUGGUAAGCACGGAGGUCUAUGUCCAACGAAUUGAUGCGACGGACGGACAUGGCCAGGGCCAUGAUGGCUACUUGACACUUUCGGAGGAACAAUUGUCAGCGCGCAGACGUGACGGGAGACCCCAGAUUGGACCGCAUGUGGUGCCGCAGAGACAAUUGACGCAGAUUCCCGACGAGGAUGUCAUGGAGAAAUUCCACUCUCGGUUUGACUCGUUCGGCUUGCGAAAUCAUCACUUGGUCAAAUUUCAACAAUCCAAUCUCGAAGGCCAUGCCCAGGCACUCUUCGUUGCCAACCACCUCCCCAUCACCGAUCUAGCCACAUGCAUGCAAGGAGAAAUCGCGCACAUCCACAGUGGACAUGACUACUCAGUGCAUGCGGUCCUAGCUCCCGCGGAUUGCAAGAAAGUCAUCGACGCCGGUUGGGGUCAACGACACGCCUUCUCUGGUACAUCAGCAAUGACCUUUCUUAGUCUCGGCACGAUACCAAAUAUUCCUUCCGAAUAUCUAUUGAUUUAUGCGCCGCGUAAUGACGCGGAAGUCGACAUUGUGAUGGAAAUAAUCUCUGCUUCCGUCAAGUUUAUGACUGGCCGAGAAGACGUUCGAUAG